AUGGUAUGUACCUUAUUGACAUCUGGUCGCGUUAGAACCAAGACUGUCAAGAAGGCUUCCCGCGUUUUGAUCGAGAAGUACUACCCCCGUCUUACUCUCGAUUUCCAAACCAACAAGAAGAUCUGCGACGAGGUUGCUAUCAUUGCUUCCAAGCGCCUUCGUAACAAGAUUGCUGGUUUCACCACCCACUUGAUGAAGCGCAUUUCUCGUGGUCCCGUCCGUGGUAUCUCCUUCAAGCUCCAGGAAGAAGAGCGUGAACGCAAGGACAACUAUGUUCCCGAGUUCUCUGCCCUCGAUACCUCCGUUAUUGAGAUUGACCCUGAGACCAAGGAACUCUUGAAGUCUCUUAACUUCGAAAACCUUGCUGGUGUCCAAGUCACCGCUCCCGUCACUGCCAACGCUCAGUCUGACUUCAGACGUCCUCGUCGUGACCAACGCCCUCGCGCUCCUCGUGCUCCCCGUGCCGAGACCGAGGUUGCUGCUCAGGCUUAAGUGUUACUGUUCAGUUGAACUUAUCAAUUCAUCUUUUCACGUAAUAAAAACUUGGUUUACAUUGUAUAUAUUUAAAACGCUCUAAAUA